CAUGUUAAGUAUACGGAAAGUCCCGAAAUUGGUAGCGCCGUCCGGCGAAUGCUGUCAUAUACCCUAUGACUAAAACUUCAUACGCAUCAUAUUUCUGGAUUUCCUUAUGCAGCACAUGAAAAAGCAGUAACGGAUCGCCGUUGCUCAUUUUACCACACCCAACGAAUUCUGUGGUUCUACAUCGCAUCUGCUAAAACCAUAAAACUGCAAAAUUAUUUUCAUUUUCGGAGCGUGGCAGCCGUCGUGGAAUUCUUCAGUACAGAGUAGAAGGGUCAUCUGAACUCGGAGGCGCCGGACAUAUACUCGACCGGUUACCGCCGGUGUUUAGGAAAUUAUUACCCGCAAAAUGCUAUCAACCCUGGUUAGGCCGACCCAGUCCUAUGCAACUUAUGCGAUUGUUGACCAUUUACAGCCUGCUAUUCUGCGACUUGUGCCAAUGGCAGCGGGAUUCUCAGGGCAACGCAUGCACUGUUCAGUUGAGCGGGGAUUUUCGCUCUGAUCUAUCACUUGAUGACAUAGUCGAGCGGGCGUUGGAGAAUAAGGAAGAUGACAAGGUGACACUGCAGUUUCCACGGGUCGUUACGACACCGGCGGUCGCUGGAUGACUCAUGCGGCCGCGUCUGGGGCAGAACGUGUCGUUCAGCUGUCAAGUGCCACCGGGCGUACCUUCUGCCGGCAUCAGCUGGACCCACCAAGGCCGCACCGUGUUCGAGCAGGGCCACCCGGUCCCGGUGUCUAAUCAUCGCUACGAUUUUCUGCAGUUGGACGACAGUAUCGUAGUGUUGCGCAUCCUCAACGUGUCCCUGCAGUCCACCGGCGAGGUCGUCUGCCACUUGCAGGAGGCGACGAGGAGAACCAUUCUGCACCGCUACACCUUGAUCCCGCUCGUCACCCGAGCUGCCGAGGUCUUCGCGGCCCCCUUGGCGCCGCAGUACCGGGUGACCGUCGGGGACAGCUACAAUAUCAGCUGCGCGGUGCGGUUGCCCCUGGCGCCGGACGUGCAGAAUGUGCGCCAUCAUCACAUGUUCCGACACAACCGCCAGCUGACUAACGUGCCCCGUGAGGAACCCUACACGUCGCAUCUGCCGCCGGGGUGGGGGGGAACGGUGGCCAGUGGCCCUGGGGUGAUCCCGCCAGACGAGGGCUUUGUGUUUAAUCUGAUUUCAUCGAGUGCUGGGCUGGACGCCGCCGGCCCGGUGGAGUGCUGGUUCCGGCCGCAUAGACAGCUCCACGAAUGGGUCGUGCAAUCGACGGUGCUGCGUGUCGAGGAGAAGGCCUAGCGCGGAAUUGCUUUUGCCAGUGAAUAAGGGAUGCCAUGACCCCAUGGGAAGUUGAGAUUUUAAGCUACAGCGCAUUGUUAAAUAAUCAAAAAAGUGUAGUGGUAGCGGAGCCCCUGAAUAUUCGUGUAUACCGUUUUAUGUUAUUCGUACAGUACGGAUCUACUAUUUGUACACUGCCGAUCGUGCGUGGUAAGGUUGGAUUACCCAACCCACCAGAACAAUCGUCAAACCGGCUGCUGUGUCAACAUAAUUAUAUAUUUCACUGGAUGUACUCGUAUUACGAGUGCGAAAACGAUACACUCAGAUACAGUACCAUGUGCCAGGCUAUUUCGUAUUUUGGAGGUAGAAAGCCGUAAAGGUCACUAUUACGCAGCUCCUGGUAUUGUACGAUUGGCUGGUCUAAGUAAAUCGGCGUUUUUCCCACGUAAGCACGAGCUUCGGCGUCUGACGAGAGGGAUUUCGAAUCUCCAACCGAGGCAGCUAAAACAUCCGCGCAUAUCUCUGUCCGCGCGGUUCCUGCCGGAUCAAUGAAAAUCAUCAACACACUCGGCUGCUGGAUCGAGCGCAUUGGAUAGGUCGAUGAUGCUGAUCUGUGCAUGCCAGUAGGCGUGAAGUCGGAUGGUCGUCUGAAGCGUCGGGACAACAACCCGGCAGGCUGACGCCGGUGUUGAGGAUAUUAUUAUCCACAAAAUGCGAUUAAUCCUGGUUAAUCCGACCCAAUCCGAUGCCACUUGCGCGGUUGUUUGUGGCUGUUUACAGUCUGGCAUUCGGCGGCUGGUGUCAGUGGCAGCGGCACGCUCAAUGCAGCGCAUGUACCGUGCAGAUGAACGGAGAUUUCCGCUCUGACCUAUCACUGGAUGAAAUAGUUGAGCGAGCACUGAGAAAAAAGGAAGAUGACAAGGUGACACUGCAGUUUCCAGUUCCAAGGGCCACGACGACACCGGCGGCCGCUGGCAGGUUGAUGCGGCCGCGUUUGGGGCAGAACGUGUCGUUCAGCUGUCAAGGGCCUCUAGGCGUACCUUCCGUCGCCAUCAGCUGGACCCACCAAGGCCGCACUGUGUUCGAGCAAGGCCAACCGGUACCGAUGUCUAAUCGUCGCUACGACUUUCUGCAGUUUGACGACAGUAUCGUGGUGCUGCGCAUCCUUAACGUGUCCCUGCCAUCCACCGGCGAGGUCGUCUGCCACUUGCAGGAGGCGACGAGGAGAACCGUUCUGCACCGCUACACCUUAAUCCCGCUCGUCACCCGGGCUGCCGAGGUCUUCGCGGCCCCCUUGGCGCCGCAGUACCGGGUGACUGUCGGGGACAGCUACAAUAUCAGCUGCGCGGUGCGGUUGCCCCUGGCGCCGGACGUGCAGAAUGUGCGCCAUCAUCACAUGUGGCGACAUAAAGGUCAUCUUAUCAAUGUGCCCCGCGAGGAACCCUACACGUCGCAUCUGCCGUCGGGGUGGGUGGGGACGGUGGCCAGCGGUUCGGAGCUGAUCCCGCUGCAGGACGAGGGCCUUGAAUUUGAGUUGAUUUCAUCGAGUGCCCGGCUGAUAGCCUCCGGUCCGGUGGAGUGCUGGUUCCGGCCGCAUAGACACCUCCAUGAAUGGAUCGUGCAGUCCACCGUGUUGGUGGUCAAGGAGAAGGCCUAGCGCGGAAGUACUUACUUUUGCCGGUGAAUAAGGGAUGCCAUGAACCCAUGGGCAACUGAGGUUUUAAGCAGCGAUGACCGCGCAUUAUUAAAUGAUUACGUCAUCAGUCUGAUGUAAACGGAACCAAUAAAUAUAUCUGCGUAGGGUUUUAUGGUGUUCGAACUUACAGAUAAAUGAUUUGUACACAAGAUGAUUGGCUGCUGUAUAAAAUACGUUCAGUCCAAGAAUACCAAGCAAAACCAGGUCCCAUUUGGGACAUUUUAGAAAGUUGUAAUAUGUACUUUCAAGAACGUUAACUCUGAUUUUGGUUGCGUUUCGUCGAUCCUCGCAAAUAAUAUGCGAUGUAUGUUUUGUACUGUACAGUUACUGUAGUUGAAUAAUAAAAUGGCUUU